AUGUCCAUCAAGUGCUCCAUCGUCAACCUCCCCUACGGAGGCGCCAAGGGAGGAAUCUGCAUCAACCCCCGCAAGUAUUCUCCUCGCGAGGUUGAGACACUCACCAGACAGUACUCCGUUCGCCUCGCCAAGAAGAACUCGAUUGGAGCCGCCGUGGACGUGCCGGGACCCGAUGUGGGCACUGGCGAAAGGGAAAUGAGUUGGAUGAAAUCAACAUAUCAAGCAUUCUACGGAUAUAGGGACAUCAACAGCGAUGCCGUCACCACUGGCAAAUAUCUCAACCAGUUCGGUAUCAGCGGAAGGACUGAAUCCACAGGAUUGGGUGUCUUCACCUGCGCCAAACAGCUCCUCAAUAAUGAAAAGAUUGCCAAGAAGCUCAAGAUCAACACAGGAUUGAAGGGAAAGACCCUCAUCAUUCAGGGAUUCGGAAACGUCGGCUACUGGGCAAGCAAAUACUUCACUGAGGAAGGCUCUAAGUUGGUCGGAGUCGCCGAACAUGACGGCAGCAUCUACAAUCCUAAUGGAAUUGACUACCAGGCUCUCAAGGACUACAUCGUCCAGAACAAGGGCGUCAAGGGCUUCCCCGAUGCCGAAUACUUCGAAAAGGAGGACGCUAUCUACAAGCCAUGGUUCCUGCCUGACGUGCUGUGCAAUGCUGGAGGUGUGGCAGUCAGCUAUUUCGAGUGGCUGAAGAACCUCGAGCACGUCAAUCCCGGAAGGAUGUCCCGCAAGUGGGAGGAAAAGACCAAGAACAACCUGCUCGACGUCAUCAACGAGGCCACCGGACUCUCGAUCAACAAGGAAGACCUGCUCAAGGGUGCCACUGAGAAGGACAUCGUGCAUGCCGGUAUUGAGGAGGUGAUGACCCAAGCCACCAAGGAAGUCAUUGACAUCUCGCUCGCUCGCAAGGUGGACUUGAGGACAGCUGCCUACAUCAGCGGAAUCACCAAGAUCCAUGAAUUCUACACCCUCUCAGGCAUUCCUGGCUGCGAAUGA